AUGGACGUGAUGGACGAUUUUGAUUUGCUUGGCGCUCUCCACGAUUUUCUCCAUCAGAUCGGCCUUCUUCCACUCUCAAGCGCUCCAUCCACGAAAUUAUCAAGUUCACUGUCAGCUGGCACAAUCAUCCAUCAUCAUCUUUGCUCCGACAUUCCGGCCCACGAUAUCCAUUUUUUACUGAAUCUCGUCAAGGCGAAUCCACCUCAAACAUCAACGGAAUCUUUUAACCUACCUGAUCAUGACCCAGUCCCUCGUUUCCUCGAAAUCCUCGCUCAAUUAGCCCUUUUACCACCGUUUACCUGCCAUGUAUCCGCUCACUUUGCCCCCAUCUUACCAGAAUUAGCCUCGAGGUGGAUUUUGUCUCUGGAAUUUCAAGAAGGCGGUCGAUAUUCAGAUCAAGUUUGCUCGUACUGGCCAGCUCAACCUGAUCAGGAUGAAUCGCUUCAUUCCGAGCAGAGCCAUCCACCUGCAAAGGAAAACAUCAAGUCUAACCUCCGUUCGAUCAUUAGCGCAUUCAGCUUAUUAUUACCGCAUCACGCCUCGUUAUUUCCACUUUUCCUGAUUCUUGUACGCCAUCCCGCCCUUCGGACCGAUCCUUUUCAAGCUUUACCAGUCGAAACCCUCGCUUCGAUAUCUAGACUCGAUCAUCCUCUUGCCGCCAACCAUCCGCUUUACCAAUCAAAGGCUGUCGAUCCAUACAUCUUGGCGAUUUCUCGAUUAUUGCUAGUAUCACCUCAUCUCCCUUAUCCCGGUCUUGUUUUGCAGGGCUGGAUUCUACCCCCUGUUCUGCUCAACAUCCUCAAGUUCCAUCCGCGUCGAGGUAUUCGUCAGCUCGCUUGGUAUUGCUGGAAGCUCUGGCAAGGCCCAGCGUGCUCCAGUCAACUGAUCAAAGACGUCAAGGAUCAAUACGUUUGGAAACGCAAUCCAAGUGAAAUUUCUCCGAUUGAAGAUCAUUUCUCAUCUCCAUGGUCGCACAAGUCCCCUCAAAAUCAGGAUCAAGAGGAUACGCCUAUGAAUACAACCAUCGAUGGCUCGUCGGAUGAUACUAUCAUAGUCGAAGAACAGCUCACUUGCAAAUGGAGCGCGCAUCUGUCUGGAUCUUCUCCCGAAACCGUGUUUUCCUAUGAGGUGGUUUUCCGAGCAAUCGAUGCAUGGGUCUUGGAAGUCGACGAAACCCACCGAAUUUCACAGCUCAAAUCCCGUCCCAAGUCCGCCUCCGUUCAAAGGAAUGUCGACUUGCCGUUGCUUCUCCUUCAAGAUUGUCACCUCACCAAAUUGAUUGCAGCAAUUGAAGGCAACCUCCUUUUGAAAUUCCAUGCACUGCCUCCACCGACUCGAAUUAACAAUUUAUUGACCGCAGCGCAAAGCCCAAUAUCUGAGAAAGGAAGACAGAUCAGGUCGGAUAUCGUUCCACACCAGGCUCCAUUCGUUUCAACAUCUUCCUCGGUUCUCGCACUCAAGUCCUUGAGUCAGCAUAUCUCGCAGCGCUUCCCCGUCCUCUUAUCCGGACCACCCUCCUCUGGGAAAAAUACAAUUAUUCAGAAAUUAGCCGCUCAUCUUUGGUCGAAAAACCUCUCAUUUGACCAUACAAUCAUCGACCAAUCCGAGUUCGACCAAAAUGUUGUUAUCCUCAAUUUAGCCUCUAGAACACUGGAUGCAAAAAGUUUAGUUGGCAGUUAUGUUAGUUCGACCGAAGACCCCGGAAAGUUCGUAUUCGUGGAAGGUCCCUUACUCAAGGCAAUGAAAGAGGGAAAAUGGAUUGUUUGCCAAGACAUAGAUCGUGCAUCAGAUGAUGUUUUGUCUGUGAUCAAUCAACUAGCCGAUCUAAUCAGUCACCGUGCACAAUACCAAGUUGGCGGAGGGUAUGGAGGACAUGGUGGACCAAAUGGUGUCGGAAUCGAUUUGGGUGCCCAGUGCGGAUGGGUAUCAGCCAACGAACGAUUUUUACUCCUGGCUACCCGAACUUGUCAACACGACAAGGGCAAAUCUUUCGUCGGUGAAGAAUACUGGAAAGAAGUAGUGAUAUCCUCCAUGACGAAAGAAGAUAUUUUGAUUCUCAUUACACGCCAAACACCCAACUUCUCAGAAGAUGUCCGCCAUCGACUUGUGGCUGCAUGGGAAGAAGUUUCAUCUUCCCACAUGGACUCCUCUCGCAGGCGCCCAAUCCAGUUGAUUGACCUUUUGAAGUGGGUUACAAGAAUCAAAGGGCUCUUGUCAAAUAAUCAAAUACUGUCUUCCGUGUCUCAAAAUCCGGUCCUCCAAGAACAGAUCUUUCUCGAAGGGGUCGAUUUAUUUUUAGCAUCUUCCGAAACCUUUCCGGUCGAAGGCGAUAAUCUGGCGAGCAACCUAGACUUAAAUGUUGCUCAAGCACUCGGCACACAUCUAGAUUUGAAUCCCGAGAGGUCCGCAUACUGCAUCUGUCGUCGCAUACCCGAUUACAUUCCUCCUGCACAAAAACCUAAGGGCGGAUCAAGCGGGAAAGGGAAGACUCAUGCCACAAUCGGACGAGUCAAGCAAGCCAUUGACAAAAGCCUUGUGGGGUCCAUGAUCUCCAACUCUCGCCCUUUUGCUUUAACGAAAUCCACGUUGGUUUUGUUGGAACGAUUGGCCGUAUGUAUGCGAUCUUCCGAGCCAGCAUUACUGGUCGGCGAAACUGGUACUGGAAAAACCACUGUCGUCAGUUACAUGGCUAGCUUGAUUGGCAAGAGAUUGAUUUCGCUCAAUCUGAGCAAUCAGAGUGAAGCCAGUGAUCUACUGGGUGGCUUCAAACCGCUCGAUUCUGCUGAGGAUGGCAAAUUGCAUGGCAAUUGCUUGGUUGAUGAUUUCAUCAACACCUUCGGGGAUGCCUUUAAUACUUCUCGCAACCACGAAUUUGUUCAUGCAAUACGCAAGGCUGCAUCCAAAAAGAAGUACAUUCGACUGGUCGCACUACUCAAAGACGGCAUUCGAGCACUCAGUGAACGUUUAAAUACUAAACUCAAAUCGGCCGACGAGCGGCUCCAUACCGAGAUGAAUGAUUGCCAUGAACCCAGCAAGCGCCGCAAGACUAACAUCACUCGCAGCAAAACAUUUGAAACCACGCAAGCCCAAAUGAAGUCGUCUCUUCAAGAUUAUCUUUUUCAAGUCAACCAAUUUGAAGAUAAGUUUGUUAGAUCCACUUCAAAUCACAUGCGAUUCCGUUUUGUUGAAGGUCCGCUGGUGAAGGCCUUACAAAACGGCGAUUGGGUCUUGUUAGACGAAAUCAACUUGGGCACUACCGAGACUCUCGAAGCGUUAAGCGGUCUCUUGCGGCAUCCGAAUGCGUCCGUCGUUCUCAGUGAGCGGGGCGAUCUCGUCCCCGUCCCAAGACACCCAGAUUUCCGGUUGAUCGGUUGUAUGAACCCUGCUACCGAUGUUGGAAAGCGCGACUUGCCAGCCAGUUUGAGAUCAAAGUUCACCGAGCUCUACGUUCAACCUCCCGAUAACGAUCGAGAAGCCCUCCUGAACAUUAUCUCCCAACAUCUAGGUGGACUCUGCGCUUCCGAUAAAAGAGCGAUCCCCGACACUGCUGAUUGCUACUCGGCCAUCCGAACUCUAGCUCGAAAUGGUAGCUUGGCUGACGGUACUAAUGCCCCUCCGCACUAUUCUAUGAGAACCCUUUCUCGCGCCUUGACAUUUGCUACCGAGAUUUCUAGUUCGUUAUGCUUGAGAAGGGCCUUAGUCGAAGGAUUCUUGAUGGCAUUUGUAACAACUCUUGAUACCAAAUCAACUGAAGUCGUCUACCAGCUCAUUGAUCGACACAUUGUUCAAACCGGGAAGAACCCAAAGGCGAUACUUUCUCAACUGCCGAAGAAGCCCGAAGAUCACGAAUCAUACAUUCAAGUUGGUCCGUUCUGGUUGAAAAAAGCACAGGUACUGGACGAAUCCACUGUCACCCAAGAAUAUGUCCUCACUGGGUCGGUCAAAUCAAAAAUAAUCGACUUGGCUCGGGCUGUGACCACCGGCCGAUGGCCAGUCCUAAUUCAGGGACCUACCUCAAGUGGAAAGACUAGUAUUGUUGCUUACAUUGCUCGUCUCACAGGCCACCCGUUUGUGCGAAUCAACAAUCAUGAACAUACGGAUAUUCAAGAGUACAUUGGUAGCUAUGCCACUGAUCCAGAAACAGGGCGUCUCUGUUUUAAAGAAGGUGCUUUGGUUCGGGCUCUACGGCAGGGCGCAUGGGUUGUCCUGGAUGAAUUAAACUUGGCUCCAUCCGACGUUCUCGAAGCUCUUAAUCGAUUACUUGACGACAAUCGAGAGCUAUUAAUUCCUGAGACUCAAGAAAUUGUCAAGCCUCAUCCAGACUUCAUGCUUUUUGCUACUCAAAAUCCACCUGGUCUCUAUGGUGGUCGAAAGGUUCUCUCUCGCGCUUUUCGGAAUCGGUUUAUCGAGCUGCAUUUCGACGAUGUUCCUAAAGACGAAUUAGAAGUUAUUCUAUGCCAACGUUGUGCCAUUGCCCCGAGUCACGCUAACAAGAUCGUCCAAGUGUUUGCGGAACUCCAAAGAAGACGACAAAGUGACAAGAUCUUUGAGCAGAAGCACAGUUUUGUCACUUUGAGAGAUUUGUUUCGAUGGGGUGGUCGAGGUGCAGUAGGUUAUCAAGAACUAGCUGAAGAUGGCUACAUGCUGUUGGCCGAGCGCUCCCGGGGCAAAGAAGAAAAGGAAACCGUCAAGCAAGUUUUGGAAGAAAUCAUGAACGUGACCAUCAAUCCAGACUGCCUGUAUCAAGACGUACAACUACCAAAGAGUCUAGUCGCCACAGAAGCAUGCAAGCGUUUAUUCAAGCUAGUUUCCCGUUGCCUUCAGUUCAACGAGCCUGUUCUCUUGGUGGGAGACGCGGGUUCCGGGAAGACAUCGGUUUGUGAAGCACUCAGCUUGUUUACCAACCACCGCCUGAGAAGCAUCAACCUUCAUCGGAAUUCAGAAGUGGGAGAUUUAUUGGGAAGUCAACGCCCGAUUCGGCAGCGAGCAGAAAAAAUCCAGACUGCGUUACAACAACUACAAGCUUCUCUUGCCUGUUUGGAAAUUAAAAUCUCAAUUACGGACGGGUCGGACACUGACGAUGUGAUCAGCAAUACCGAGAAGGCUUUGGCGCAGAAAAAGAGAUUGUUAUCUGAUUCAAAAGCCAUUGAUCAGGCUCAGAUGGCACUCAGUCAGCUCAAGAAAUCAACUGCAUUGUUUGAUUGGUCCGACGGCCCCUUGAUACAAGCAAUGCAAGAAGGCGAUCACGUUUUACUGGACGAGAUUUCUCUUGCGGAUGACUCAGUACUUGAGCGGCUCAACAGUUUGUUAGAGCCGGAGCGCUCGAUUGUCUUGGCUGAACGUGGGGGUCAAACUCUUGAUGAAAUGCAAAUCACGGCCCAUUCAACCUUCCAAAUCUUUGCUACCAUGAAUCCCGGUGGUGAUUUCGGCAAACGAGAACUCUCACCAGCGCUGCGAAACCGAUUCACCGAGAUCUGGGUCCCUCUAGUCUCGGACCCACAGGACAGGUUUGCGAUUUACUGUGAUCGGCUAUCACACAAAGCCCAGUCUCCAACUUGUAGUAGCUUUGUUCCCUCGGAAUGGGCCGCUCACAUCAUCUCGUUCUCGGAGUUUUACUCGAAGUCACCGAUCUCUGCGCAAUUUUCAACUUGCGAGUUGAGUCUAAGAGACGGCCUUGCUUGGUGCGACUUUAUCCGAUCCUGUUCAUCUCUAGCACCGCCUCUAUCAUUCAUUCACGGUGCCCAAAUGACUGUUCUCGAUCGCAUUGGCACCGCUGGCUUUGGACAAGACCUUUCCGUCAAUCUCACUCACGAACUCAGAGGCUCUUGUCUGGAUUACCUGCAUCAAUUGGCCAAUGUUUUGCAAGACAGCAGUGAAGGUGGUCACCAGGUCAAAUACACGGCGGAAGGCUUACAAAUAGGCGAUUUUGUAUUACAAAAAUCUACCCCGACCAUUGCAGAACCAACUUCCACCAAUUACUCCUUUUCUGCACAAACUGUGGCCCACAAUGCCAUGCGAAUCAUUCGGGCUCUUCAAGUUCCCAAGGCCGUUUUGUUAGAAGGUAGCCCAGGAGUAGGUAAGACCAGCAUUGUGGAAGCCUUAGCCAAACUCUCAGGAAAACGCCUGCAACGCAUCAACCUUUCCGACCAAACUGAUCUACUGGAUCUGUUUGGUGCUGAUGCACCUGUCGAGGGCGGAAGCCCGGGACAAUUCGAAUGGAAGGACGCCUCCUUCCUCGACGCGCUGCAGAAAGGAGACUGGGUUCUGCUUGAUGAAAUGAACCUGGCUCCUCAAACGGUUCUCGAAGGGUUGAACGGCUGCUUGGAUUAUCGAGGAACUGUUUAUGUUCCGGAAAUUGAUCGGACCUUCAAACGACACCCCGACUUCAGGGUUUUUGCUGCUCAGAACCCACAUCACCAAGGCGGUUCCCGAAAGGGCCUUCCCAAGUCGCUAGUGGAUCGAUUCACGGUUGUCUUCAUGAAAGAGAUGGAAAAAGAAGACUUACUUCAAAUUUGUACUGAAAUGGCUCCUGUGUACAAUCAAUCUGUAAUAUCAGGAAUGGUCAAUUUGAAUUACCGACUCGCCGAAGAGACCAAUAAUCCUAGUUCCUUUGCUUCCCUUGGCUCUCCUUGGGAAUUCAACUUACGUGACCUCGGCAGGUGGAUGCAGGUCACUUCGAUGAGCGGGAAAUACGACCUCCAACCGCUGUCUCCGGUAGAAUACGUCGAUAUGAUCUACACCGGUAGGUUUCGAACUCAAGACGAUCAAACCAUUUCUGCAAGGAUCUCUCGUGAAUUCUUCCAUGCGUCAAGUAUGUCGCGUGAUCAUCAAGAUCUGGUCGAGCUCCCUUCAGAGCUGGUUAUCGGACAUAGCAGAUUGGCGAAACCAGCUGGCUUGUCAUGGACUCCCCCAAUAGUUUCCCCUCUAGAAAUUCCACCAUGUCUCUACAACUGCGCUGAAGCCCUAAUUCGAUGUCUAGAGCUGAAAUGGCUUCCUAUUCUGACUGGCAUGGAAAGAUCGGGAAAAUCGUCCCUUGUGAAGUUUUUGGCCGCUCGAAAAGGUGUCCAGUUACGAGUCAUUAACUUACAUUCCGGCACCGAUACUUCCGACCUGAUUGGAGGAUUUGAGCAAAGCAAUACUGAACGCAAGUUGAUUGCGAUACUUGAGGACAUCUCUGAAACCAUCCAGCAAGAUCUCAAUAAUUUUUACCUCUCUCGUGACGCCAGAACCAGCAAUCUCGAAAUGUGUCGUAGAGAUCUGAAUCACAUCAAGGAUUUGGUCUUUUCAUUCGAAACCAACAGAUUAGUUUCUUGCGCACUUCAAAUCUUGCAGCAGCCAGAAAAGCUUUCACUCGCUCCUCAUUACGAAAGGUUUGAACGAUCAUUACUGGACCUUCAGUCUGGAAAGCCCGGAUGCCGAUUUGAAUGGAUCGACGGUCCCCUCGUCACUUCAAUGAAGAAGGGCCAAUGGCUCUUGGUUGAGAACUCGAACUUGUGUAGCGCAUCUGUCUUGGAUCGUCUGAAUCCUUUAUUCGAAGGUACCGGAAGACUGCAGCUCGCAGAAAAAGGGAUGUGUCAAGGUGGUAUUGAUACGGUCAUUCCCCAUGAGAACUUCCGAAUCAUAUUCGCGUUCAACCCCCGGUAUGGCGAGCUUUCUCGGGCGAUGAGAAACCGUGGUGUAGAGAUUGCUUUCUUACCUGAUCCUCAGCUGCACCUCAUUUCUUCCCCGUUGCCUUUCAAAACCACUCUCCUCAGUUCAAGCAAUGUUAUCCAGGACCCAGUAAUGCGCUGGACCGCUCACGCAUUAGUUCACUCUCCCUCCGAAUUCCCACUGCUCUCGAGAAUAAUCGACCAUUUCUUAUCCUCGCCAAGUCCCGACCAUUCGUUGAAACUACUGUUGAACAGACUGUUACAACCUGAUGUUCUGGAAGUUGUAGUAGGUUGGGCCCAGCUCAACCGAGUGAAUCAUUUUUUGAUUGGAGAGGCAUUUGAUUUGGCUAUUGGAAGCCAAUCCACCCAACAUUUACUGGAUCAAGGUAAAGCACUGGGCCACCGGUGUUUCUUGCGACUCAUCAUCGCGGCUUGUCUACCUAUACGCUUAUUGACUCAUCAAGCAAGUCUCGAAUCAAAUGGCCCAAAGAAGAUCCCAAGCGAACCUUCCAUAAAACACAGUCAUCUGAUUAACCAUGUACACUUUUCAAGAUUUGUCCAUCUUGCCAGUGAUGUGAUUCUGCGAACAUCUUUGUUCAUACUGAGCAAAACUCAAGACAAUCACAGCUUAUCUGACUUUGAAAUAUCUGAAUAUCAGAGGUCGUUUGAAUCCAUACGUGAUAUCCAGGAAGCAACUUUGCAGAUGAUCAACCUCUUAGAAUCAACUCCGGACCAUGCGGCGAUUGGGUUUGCUUUGAAGAUGAUAGACGAUUCGGUCAAUCAAGCACCCAUCCAAUCAAAAUCUUCUUUUGAUCCCAUCAAGCUCUCCCUCCAACCACUCCGCGACUCACAUGAUAUCUCUCGGUGGGAAGGUCUCGUCCUUCUAUGGAAUUUAUUCUGUCCACCCUGGUAUAAAGAUUUACAUCUUGUCACCUUGGUCAAUCAAUUAGGGCAGCUCUGCGAGGCCAAUUGGUCUUUAUUAGAUAUUGAUUUAAGAGCCAUCUAUUUUGAAAUCGUGGCAUCCCUCAAGAUCAGUCGAGAAAUAUCAACUCAGUGUCCGGACAUCAAUUGGCUGACCGAAAAACUCAAAGUGCAAAUAUCAGCUGCUAAAGCAGAAAAUGACGGCUUGAGCACACUGGAUGACAAUUUUGGGGUGGUCGGAGAAAGAAUGAUUGCAAUUGUAACAACAAUGACCAGCUUUCUCCAACCAGCACAAAGCAAAGUAAAACUUGAUACCCUUCUACCUCAGUGGGGGACUUUACCAAGCGAAGUAGGCGUGCUAUUCCGUUCAAAGGCCUACCUUCAAGAUCAAAAUGCAUCAACGCAUCAAACCGACCUAUGCCUCAACCUCCAAAUCACCAUGUUAUUAACAGCAGCCCCCAUCAAUUUCUGCGAUGCUACCAACUCGAGCCUUCGACCUUUCAACGUAGUGUCCCAAUUUACUCGAUCAAAUUUCCUUCACGUGAUGUCGGGCAUUGCUAGACUGGUCACAAAAUCAACAACGCUUGAGGAUCACGGAACGGUAGUCAAUACACUCCAGCAAUUGGUCUCGCUUGUUGCUACCACAACUCACUGCUUGACUCAAGAUCGCGAACGCAUGUGUUCUGCUCUGAUUUCAAACCUUUUAGAACUCAUUGAAGCCCCGGUGAAUCAUCUUGACCAAUCUGGUACCCCAAUUCCUGCAGGACUGAGCUUCACCUCGCGGGCUCUGAAGCUAUGGCAUCUCUACAUUCCAGACGUACCCAUCGACCCUCUAUCUGUCCAGACUGCCCACCAUUCUUAUCUCCAAGCUUGGGCGUCCCGUCUUGGCCAACUGCGGGAAUUUUUAGCUUCGUACCAGCAGGCAAAAGGUCGUGUUUCAUCGAAUCCUCGAAUCAAGCAAUUGGAUGACGAAAUCGAAGUGAUCCACUCACGCUGCAAGGAAAUCCCAAAGCCCUCAAUCCAACGGUCCACUGACACGCUGGUCCAGCAUGCAAUCUUUACUGAGUUGAAAGCGUUCGAGAAACAGUUUCUUGUUGAUGGACGCCUUGAAGAUUUAGUACAAGCUCUUGCCAGACCGGAAAAUCAGGACUGUCUCCAAGCCCUACAUGCACGAAUCGAGAAUUUCUCUUUCUCAGCCAUUGGAUUGCUCAAUCGCCUCAGCAAACGAUUCCCCACAUCCGUCGACAUUUUAUGGCCGGUCCAAGCAUUUCUACAUGUCAUGAUCGCUGACCUUACUCUCUCGUUCCAAAGGGCAAUGUCAGAUUGCUCCAACCCAUCUGCGCGGGUUAUUACCGAUUUCAUCGGCUGUUUAACAAAAAGCACUCCCACUAUCGCCGCAGCCAAUCUCCGAGACGACCCGCUCAUAGAAACAGCUCAAAUGACCGUUGCAGAUGAAGCUGGUCAAUCGGUCAUCUCACUACUUUACAUCAGUGCGAUGACCAAAUUCCCGAUCACGGAAUUCGAAAGCCCUCAAACCCACAAGUUGCUCUCAUUCUACGACAAAUUAUGGCAACUUUGGACUCGAGAUUGUAUCCGACUCCAGAAAGAGGCUGAGGAAAAGGCGCAGGAGUUCAAAACACGCCGACAAGAUAUCAUCAUCAAGUCGGAUGAGGAAAUCGAAGAAGAAGAAUUGCAAGACUUGUUCCCGUCUUACGAAGAUAACUUACCACGGGCCUCAUCCAACUCCUCUACCAACCUUGUCACUCCGUUGCAAAUUUCACUCCUUUGCAAGAUUCAUCUCUCAAUCAUGUCGGCAAAGGUAGAUGAAGAACAUUCUAGGUCCUGUUUUGAUUCGCUUCGGCAGCAAAUUGUGGUAGCAAUGGUAGAGAAGCACGGGCUUGCCUUGCCCUCAAAUCUCGAUCAAUCAUCGUUGGCGUUUCAGUUCCAUUCUCUUUGUCAACUUCUCAAAUCGUCCACCUCGCCAUCAAAUUCCAAGGCAAACUUCUACACCGAUAGCAAUACUGCUGAGACCACCCGGGUGGUCCCAUUUGUAAAAGCUUUGGCUUCUAAAAUCGAGGCGCUGAUUCGACAAUGGCCUGAGAUGACAACUUUGGACGAGAUUCUUCAACGAUGUCGUAAAGUUGCAGCUUUAUCAUCAGACAGUCCUCUGGCCUUGAUCAUCCCGCAACUGGAAGCCUUAAUCGGACAAAUUGAGGAAUGGCAAAAGUACAGUUGCGCCGAGAACUCGUUGCUUUCAUUCCAGUCUGACCUUACAGCUCUAGUCGUGAGCUGGAGAAGAUUGGAAUUAGCCUCGUGGGCUGCCUUGAUUCAAACUGAACUCGAUUCCUUCCAUCUCACGACCGACGUCUGGUGGUUCCGACUCUACGAAUUGCUUGUUCGCGGUUAUUCGACGCAUUCGCAUACCCCAGACAACCAAGAAGCAAAAUCAUAUCUUAAGGAUUGUGCCCUUGUUCUCAAUCAAUACCUCACCGAAUGUAACUUAGGACAAUUCGGAUACCGCUUGACACUCCUCAACUCUUUCAGCGCACUCCUUCGAGCCGUUUCCCGGAUCUCAAACUUUGGAUGUUGGAGUCGCAUCAACAAUCUUCUAGAUGGUAUCAUUUACUUCUACUCGCAUUACGAGCCUCUGGUCGACCAAAAGAUUGAACAAGCAAAACGUCUGGCCCGUAGCGAGAUAGAGAGCUACAUACAGCUUGCCAGUUGGAAGGAUGUCAACAUCAUUGCACUUCGGCAAAGUAGUCAGAAAAGCCAUCGACAGCUCUACAAAACAAUCCGUAAAUUCCGUAGCGUACUGCAGGGACCAAUGAAGGAUAUGUUGCAGCGAUGGCCAGUCAAGAAGUCCGGCGAUAUCGAGGCACGUCUUCCGACGAUACUCCAGGAGAAUGAACUAUCACGAUCCUGUCAGAUUAAUCCAAUUUUGUGGAACCAAUACACAGAAUCACUUUCGAUGCCAUCCUAUCUCUCACAGCCGCAGAACAUCUUGAAACGGCUGCAGAAAUUGGUCCAGUCGAACGGUUUCCUAUCUCAAGAUGUCGCAAUCGCAGCCUCCGAAAUUGCCGAAUUGUCUACGCACAUUUUCUCAGUGGCAAAAGAGCUGAGUGAAGUGAAGAUUCCCCGAGGAGACGGCCGAGAGCGCUUUGCUCGAAACCUUGAUCUACGAAAACGAAAGGCUUUCUCCGAACUUCUGAAAAAGUUGAGACUCUUGGGUAUUGGAACAUCGCCCACUGAUCGUCUUCUUCUACAACUCUCAGAUCCUGCAGUCGUCAUGAGUCAGCCAUUACUUGGCCCAGAAGGUUUCUCCGAAGUCCAGCUGUGCUGCCAGGAUUCUGAUGAAUUAAUUUUUGCGCUGCUCAAUGAAAUGCCGCAAUUUCGCAAGUAUCGUAGUCAGCAUCACUCUGACAUUCCCAAUGCCGACAUGGAGCGACUGAUUGGCUCUAUUGAGAGCGGUUUGGCACUUAUCUUGGCGGAACGGCAGAGCCUAUCGACACUCGUCAAGACAGUCAAGCAUAUUGAGCAAUCCCUUUUGCGUAUGUCGAACUUACUAGUUUCCACAUCGUUUUGUACAUCAAAGACCACCGGUAACCAGCUGUGUGAUAUCAGCAAAAAGAUCAUUCAACACCAGAAGCUUUGUGUGAAUUCGAUUGAAGAGGCUUCGGAGUUCAUUGCACAGCUCACUAAUCAACAAGGCCGUGGUCCUACCGGAAUUAAUGAUAUGCUACAGGAAAUAAUUCAGACGGUAGUCGAAAAUGCGUCUCUUGUUCAAGACAUUAUCAUGUUCUCCGGCACCUCUAUCACGCUACUCAAACCCAAUGAGGCUGAUGCUUUGCAAAAAAUCAAUGCCAACUUUAACGCGACCACUGAUCGUCUGGAGUCUUUGGCUCUCAGCUUCCCCGAUUUCAACUUCAUAUUGUCGCCUCUUGCCCAACAGCUGCGCCAUCAUCAGACCACCAUUCCAAACUUCGAUGAUGUUGAUGGCUGCUCUUCAGAGAAGGCUUGGGGUUCCAUGAAGAAAUUGACAGACUCAAUUCUCGUUGUUAUUCAAGAUCUAGCGAGACCCAAAGAUCCCCAGUCAGACUUGAUCACAUCCAAGAAAGCACCCGGCCUCCUCAGAAAAGCUCAUUCGGAAUUCGCAAGCUUGACUGGACAAUGUCACUUGGAAGAAAUCUUGCAAAAUUUAUCCAACUUCAACCAGGCUGUAUCGUUCACUACCAACUCUGAAGAAAUUUCUCUGUUGCUCAACAUGGGCGCAUCGUUACUGCGACAGUAUUUACAACUGAUUUCCAACCAUCUACUCGAAUACUUGCGUUGGCAUAGGAGCAACCUCCACUUGUUACAUACGAUCGUCUCCAUCGGUGCAAACAUUGCGGAACAGGGAUUCUGUAAGCCCGAUUUCAGAGAGGAGGAGGAGGAUAGCGCAGGCAAGGAUGGGCCGUCCAGAGACGGAACCGGGCUUGGUGGUGGGCAGGGUGCGAAAGACGUUAGUGAUGAAAUCGAGGAUGAUGAGCAAUUGGAGGGCUUGCAAGGAGAAGUUGACGAGGAAAAACCCGAGGCAGAUCAAGAUGCCUCCAAAGAAGACAAGGCUGUGGAGACUCAGCAAGAUUUUGAUGCUUCACUCGAAGAUGUUGAAGAUGCAGACGACAGCGAAUCCAAUGCCAAUGAAGAUGAUGAAGCAGACGAUGAGGUCGAGGAUGGCUUGGGCAAGGUUGACCCGUUGGACUCCGGGGCUGUUGAUGAAAAAUUUUGGGAGGGUGAAGACGAAGCAGGGGAUGAGCCCGAAACCAACGACGCAGACUUGAGUGCCAAAGAAAAUCAACCUAUGCCCCAGGAUUCCGAUUUGGCGGCACAAGACAAUAAAGUAGGCGGCGAGCAAAACAAAGCUAAGCAAACCGAUGAUCAAGAGAUGAACUCACCCAAGGAGAAGGAAGGCUCCGACGUCGAUGAUAAUUUGUUGGAUGAAGGAGCUGAAGAAGAUGAUCCGGAUCAAGAGAACGAAGCCGCUGAUGCUCAAGAAGAGGAAAGCGACAAUGAAGUACCUGGGCAAGAUAACACGGUGCCCAUGAUGGAUCAUGUCGACAAUUCUGAAGUCUUGGAUCUUCCGGAAAAUCUCGAAUUGGAGGACCACGGCAGCGAAGCAGGAGAGAAUUCCUCACAAGACUCAAUUAUGGAUCUUGAAGAUUCUAUGCCCGAACCUCCCGAGCGAACUGAUGCGGAACUUGACCGCGAUGGAGAAGAAGAAAGCCCAUCCGACCACCAUGACAUAGAGGAUUGGCAACCUGAAGAAGCCUUGGGAGAAACUGAAGCUCAGCCACAGAACGACCCUUCAGGCCAGGCUAAAGAUUCUCAGAGUGGCGCUGGAGCUGGAACCGAGGGCGGUGGAGCACUUUCUACCCCGGCUGCAUUGGAGACAACACAAAACGUCGAUGAGAAUGCGGAUAAUCAGCAACCUCAGUUAGAUGAAGAAAAGCCAGCGGGUGCUCCAAAUGAGUCCACAAAAGAGAAGAUCCCAAUGCAAGUGACUCAACCACAAUCUACCGAGCAAGUUGGCGACGGUUCUGACGGUCAAGCUGUAUCCCAACAGCAAGGUCCUACAGAACAGCGCGACAGCAACAAGGAGAAUCCAACUAGGCCGAAUCCAUUGCGCGACUUAGGCAAUGCAAUGGAGGAUUGGAAGCAUAGACUUCAACAAAUCAUUGAUGCCAGUCCUGAAGAAGGCAGGGAUAGUGGUGAAGAACGAUUUGAUGAUGACGCCGAAGUUGAGUAUUUGCAGACUGAUGACGACGAUCUUGCUCAUCAGCAAGCUCCUGGGCCUGCGACCGAGGAGCAAGCCUGUCAAGGGCUUGUCAACAUGCAAAUCGAUGACUGCGAACCUCAAGCCGAUAUCCUCCGGCCGCCGGUAACCGACUCGACGCCUUACCCAGUUGAGCCACUCCAAGCGCCCGAAACGGGGAACCAGAUUGACCCUGCCGAGGCGGCUAUUCUCGGAUCGAAAUCUGAGUCACAAGCUGCCGAAGAUGGUCAAAUUCGCGAUUCCAGAAUCGAGAACGGGUCACCUGAAGACCAAGAAGAAGAUGACCCGGUCCAAUCAACUAACCUCAAUUCGGAAAACGGACCUCUUCACGACCCCUCCACAUCCUCGGCGCUCUGGCGCGAAUAUCAGCAACUCACACAACGCUCUGCCUCACACUUGACGGAACAGCUGCGUCUCAUUUUAGAACCGACGACCGCAACAUGCCUCCAAGGAGACUAUCGUACUGGCAAGCGAUUGAAUAUGCGUAAACUGGUUCCUUACAUUGCAUCGGACUAUACCAAAGAUCGCAUUUGGCUACGUCGAACCAAACCUGCACAACGAGAUUACAAAAUUCUUCUGGCGGUUGAUGAUUCAAAGUCGAUGGCCGACUCAAGAUGCGCAGACCUAGCCUUUCAAACUCUCGCCCUGGUGACGAGCGCGCUCGCUAAAUUGGAAGUUGGGCAAGUUGCAAUAGCAAAAUUCGGCAGAAGCUUCGACAUCUUGCAACCCUUUGAAGGAAGUUCUGGAAAGCUAAACAACUCGGCGAGUCCAAUUGAAGGCUUCACCUUCUCGCAGCAGCAGACCAACGUUCGACUUGCGGUAGCUCAAGCAAUCAAAGCGUUCUCUUUGGCUCAAUCCUCUGGCAACUCCCACAAUGACAAUGAAACCUGGAAAUUAGGUAUCAUCAUCUCAGAUGGAAUUUGUCAAGAUCACGAGGAAGUUAAAAGCUUGCUGCGGAAAGCUGUUCAAGACAAGAUCAUGUUUGUAUUCUUGAUUCUUGAUUCUCUACAUCAACAUACCGGAACCGCAGGAGCAAAUGAAGAUGGCACCAAAGCCAAAGAUGAUCAUCAUAACGAUUCUUCCAUCAUCUCCAUGAAUUCCGUUUCUUACGUCAAUGGAGCAAACGGUCAAAUGGAAUUGAAGAUGGAGAGAUAUCUAGAUACCUUUCCGUUCGAUUAUUAUAUCAUACUUCGUGAUGUGGAGGCUCUUCCCAAUGUCCUAAGCUCAACGCUUCGCCAGUUUCUCGAGAAAGUAAAUAAUGUUUAG